GGUGGCCUGACCUGGUGGGCCGCCGAGAAGCCCGAGGGGUCAGAACUUUUUCCCCAAGAGUUGGAGUGAUAUGGUAGAUAAAUAUGUCUGUUGGAUCCAAAGAGAGGCCAACUUUCUUUGAAAUUUUUAAGACACGAUGCAACGAAGCAGAUUUAGGACCAAUAAGCCUUAAUUGGUUUGAAGAACUUUCUUCAGAAGCUACACCUUUUAGUUCUGAACCUGUGGAAGAAUCUGAAUAUAAAAUCAUCAGUUAUGAAUCACACGUAUUUAAAACACCACAAAGGAAACCCUUUUAUCGACAGUUGGCUUCAACUCCCCUAAUAUUCAAAGAACAAGGUCCGACUUUGCCACUGUUCCAAUCUCCUGUAAAAGAAUUAGAUAAAUGCAAAUUAGACUUGGGAAAUAAUAUUGCCAACAGUAAGCAUAAAAGUCAUCAUACAGGGAACGCUAAAAUGGAUCAAGCAGGUGAUGUUACCAGUCCACUUCUAAGUUCUCGUCUUAGUGAAAGUCCUGUUCUACAAUAUACACAUGUUACACCACAAAGGGAAAAAUCAGUGGUAUGUGGGAGUUUAUUUCAUACACCGAAGUUUGUGAAGGGUCAGACACAAAAACAUAUUUCUGAAAGUCUGGGCGCUGAGGUGGAUCCAGAUAUGUCUUGGUCAAGUUCUUUAGCCACACCACCUACCCUUAGUUCUACUGUGCUCAUAGUCAGAAGUGAAGAUGCAUCUGAAAUUGUAUUUCCUAAUGAUACUACUGCUAUUUUAAAAAGCUAUUUUUCUAACCGUGAUGAAAGUCUGAAGGAAAAUGAUAGAUUAAUCUCUUCUGUGACAGACCAUGAAAACAAAAAUGAAAGAGAAGCUAGAAGUUGUGGAUUAGGAAAAAUUUUAGGGAAUUCAUUUGAUGAAGUAAAUAGCUGUAAAGAAUACUUUGGAAAGUCAGUACCAAAUAUCCUGGAAGAUAAAGUGCGUAAAGCAAUUGCAGAUACUUCUGAAGAAGAUAGUUUUUCACUGUGUUUUAAAUAUAAAACAAGAAAUCUCAGGAAAGUAAGAAAAGACAAUACUAGGAAAAAAGUUUUCCAUGAAACAAAAACUGGUGAAUAUGAAGAAGCUAAAAAACAAAUAAAAGAAAAACACUCAAUUAUAUCUGAAAUGGAACCAAAUGAUAGUGAUCUGUUAGAUUCAAAUGAAGCAAAGCAGAAGCCCUUUGGGAAUGAAAGUGACAAAAUCUCCAAGGAAAUUGUAGAGUCUUGUGCCAGUGAAUGGUCUCAUCUAACCCUUUCAGGUCUAAGUGGAACCCAGAUGGAGAAAAUAUCCCCACUACAUAUUUCUUGUAACCAAAAUAAUUCAGAAAAAGACUUAGUAGAUACGGAGAAAGAAUGUACCGAUUUUAUUACUUCAGAAAAUUCUUUGCCAUGUAUUUCUAAUAUACCAAAACCAGAGAAGAUAUUAAAUGAGAAAACAGUAGUAAAUAAGGGAGGUGAACCACAGCAUCUUGAGUCUUAUGAAGACUCCAUUCUUGCAGUAAAGCCAGCAAUAUCUGGAAUUCCUCGAACAGCUUCUCUAUUUCAGGAUAUCAAUAAACCUAUAUUCAAGAUAAGAGAAUCAUCUGAAGAGACUUCCAGUGCAGUUUUCAUGGGUAGCAUGACUGAUCCAAAUGUUAAAGAAGAAACUGAAACCUCUGAGAGUAACCUGGAAAUAUACACUAUUUGUUCACAGAAAGAGGAUUCUUUAUGUCCAAGUUCAAUUGAUGAUGAAAGCAGGUUAGCCACUAUCGCACAUACUUCUGUACCUUUGAAGAAUACAGGCUUAAUAUCCACUUUGAAAAAGAAAACCAAAAAAUUUAUUUAUGCUAUAAAUGAUGAAACAUCAUAUCAAGGAAAAAAAAUACAGAAAGACCAAAAAUCAGAAAUAACUAACUGUUCAGCUCAGUUUGAAUCAAAUGUUUUUCAAGCACCACUUUCUUUUACGAAUGACAAUUCAGGUUUAUUGAAUUCUUCUGUCAAAAGGAACUGUUUACAGAAUGAUUCUGAAGAACCAGCUCUGUCCUUAACCAGCUCUUGUGGGACACUUCUGAGGAAAUGUUGCCAUAAUAAAAGCAAUUCUCCUAAUAAUCCUGUAAUCUCUCAAGAUUUUGAUUAUAAAGAAGCAAAAAUUAAUGAGGAGAAACUGCAGCCAUUUAUAACCUCUGAAAUGGAUUAUCUAUCAUGCCAGCAGGAAAGACAAUGUGAAAAUGAUCCAAAAAGUGAAAAUGUUUCAGCCAUAAAAGAAAAGGUCCUGGCUACAGCAUGUUACCCUGUAGUACAUCAUUCAGAAGUAGAAUGUAGUGGUAUGCACAUUCAGUCUCAGAAAAGUCUUUUAUAUAACCAUGAUAAUACCAGCACGCUGACUUUAUCCUCCAAGGAUCCUUGGUCAGAAUCUGUUGUGAUUUCCAGCAAGAAAGAGUCAUAUAAAAUGUCAGAGAAAGAAAGACGUAAAAGUUGUAAAGUUGGUUUUGAGUUAACCAAAAAUAUUUUUGCAGAAAAGAAUCAAGAAGUAUGUUCUUUAAAUGAAAAUUCUAAAAAUGCUGAGCCGUUACUCCCUGAAAAUUACAUAACAGCGUCACCUUCAGUGAAGGUACAAUUCAACCAAAAUAAGAAUUUAUCAAUGAUCCAAAAAGAAGAAACUACUUUAAUUUCAAAAAUACUUGACAAUCCAAACUCUGAAGAACUUUUUCAAGACAAUGAGAAUUUUGUCUGUCAAGUAACUAAUGGAAGGAAUAAUCUCAUUUUAGGAAAUUCUAAGGAACUUCCUGAGGCAGACCUUAGUUGUGUGAAAGAACCCUUUCUCGAGAACUCUACCAUGGUAGUACAUGCAGAUGUAGGUGACAGACAGGCAGUCCAAGUGUUGAUUACAAAAGAGUUGGACUCGUCAGAUACAGUUUAUGAUUUUCCAGAGGAGAACAGAAACAGUGUAAAGCAGCAUCUUAAAGUGACUCUAGAUCAAGACUUAAAACCAGAUACCUCCUUGGUUAUAGAUAAAAAGUCAAACAAAAAUGAUUGCAUGGACAAACAGGCAGGACUCUUAAAUCCAAUUUCAAAUCAUAAUUUUGGAGGUGGCUUCAGAACAGCUUCAAAUAAAGAAAUAAAAUUCUCUGAACAUAACAUUAAGAAAAGCAAAAUGCUUUUCAAAGAUAUUGAAGAACAAUAUCCUGCUAGUUUAAUUUGUGUUGAAAGUAUAAAUGCCUUGGAGUUAAGGAAUCAAAAGAAACUGAGCAAACCUCAUAUGCUUGUUUCAGAGUCAAUUAAUACUGUAUCUUCGUAUGUACAGAGUAGUCCUUUUGUUUCUAAUUCUGAAAAUAAUCAGACACCUCCUCAGAUGUUAUUUUCGAAGCAAAAUUUUAAUUCAAAUCAUAAUUUAACACCUAGCCAAAAGGCAGAAAUUACAGAACUUUCUACUAUACUGGAAGAAUCGGGAAGUCAGUUUGAAUUUACACAGUUUAGAAAACCAAACCUCAUAAUGCAGAGUAACACAUUUGAUGUGCCUGCAAACCAGAUGAGUCUCUUAAAUACCACUUCUGAGGAAAGGAAAGAUGUUGAUCUUAAUGUCUCAUCUGUUGGUCAGGUAGAAACCAGCAAGAAAUUCGAAGGUGCAGUUCAAGUUAAACAAAAGUUCACUUGCUUGUCAGAAAACAACUGUAACAAAAGUGCUUCUGGUUAUUUAACAUGUGAAAAUGAAGUGGAGUUUAGAGGCUUUUAUUCUGCUCGUGGCAAAAAACUAAAUGUUUCUAGUGAAGCUCUGCAGAAAGCUGUGAAACUGUUUGGUGAUAUUGAGAAUAUUAGUGAGGAAACAUCUACAGAAGUAGAUCCAAGAAGUUUCUCUUCAAGUAAAUGUAACGAUUCUAUUGUUUCAGCAUUUAAGAUAGAAAGUCAUAAUAAUACAAAUUUAAAUGAGAAAAACAAUAAAUGCCAACUAGUAUUACAAAAUAUUGAAAUGACUACUGACGCUUUUGUUGACAAAAGUACUGAAAAUUGUAAGAGAAAUAUCAUUGAAAAUGAUAACAAAUGUGUUGCUGCUAAUAGAAAAACUUGUAAUUUAGGGGAAUCUGAUAGCAGUGACUCAGGUAAAAAUGAUACAAUUUAUAUUCAUAAAGAUGCAAAUGACUUGCCAUGUACUGAUCAGCAUAAUGUAUAUUUUAAAUUACCUAGCCAGUUUGUGAAGGAGGGAAACACUCAAAUGAAAGCAAGUUUGUCAGAUUUAACUUGUUUGGAAAUUGUGAAAGAGGAAGAAACCUGUUAUGUUGAUACUUCGAAUAAAGAACAGUUAAAUGCUAGUCAUAUGGACCAAAAUAGAAAAGAUUUUGAGGUUUUUGAUAUAUCUUUUCAGACUGCAAGUGGGAAAAAUAUCAAAGUCUCCAAAGAGUCAUUAAAUAAAGUUGUAAAUUUCUUUGAUCCUAAAACAGAAGAAGAAUUAAAUAACUUUUUCUUGAAUUCUAAAUUACUGUCUGGCAUAAGUAAGAACAAAGUGGACAUUUUAAGUCAUGAGGAAAUAGACAUGUUUAAAAAUGAAAUAUUAAAGGAAAGUAUUUCAAUUGAUACUCAAAACCAGUUAUCAACCCUCCAGCAACAGCCUGAAUGUGAAAACAAAAAGAUCAAACAAGCUACCCUGUUGAGUUUUCAUACAGCUAGUGGGAAAAAAGUUAAAGUUGCAAAAGAAUCUUUGGAAAAAGUAAGAAAUCUUUUUGAUGAAGAAAAGCAAGCUAUUAGUAAAAUCAGUUUGAACAGUCAAAGAGCAAAGAUCCAAAAGGACAGAGGGGAAAGAACAUGUAAAGAAGGGCUUGUAUUAGCAUGUAAGACAGUUGAAAUAACAACUGUCCCAAAAUGUGAAGAAAUGAAUUCUCUAGGUGAUAAUGUUGAAAACCAUGUUUCUAAUCCAACUGCAGUGCUACCUAAGCCCUUAAGUGAUCAUUUCUAUAGACAGUCUGAAAAUAUCAGUACACCAAAUGUCUCCUUGAAAGUUAAAGUAUGUGAAAAUGUAGAAAAAGAAACAGCAAAAAGUCCUGCAACUUGCUACACAAACCAGUCCCCCUAUUCAGCUGUUGAAAAUUCAGCUUUAGCAUUUUACACAGGGCAUGGUAGAAAAAUUUCUGUGAGUCAGGCUUCACUGUUUAAAGCAAAAAAAUGGCUCAGAGAAGAAUUGGGUGAUCAGCCAGAAGAAAUAAAUUCCGAUAAGGUUAUAUGUGCAAAGGAAUACCCUGAGAAUUAUGUAGGAAAUCCUUCACAUGGAAGUGGUUCAAACAGUAUUAUAACUGAAAAUGGCAAAAAUCAUCUUCCUGAAAAGCAAGAUUCAGCUUAUUUAAGUUUUAGUAGCAUGUCUAACUAUUCCUACCAUUCUGAUUUUUAUUGUUCUCAUGAUUCAGGAUAUCUCUCAAAAAAUACUACUGAUUCUAGUAUUGAGCCAGUGGUGAAGAAUAUUGAAGAUGAAAGAAACAUUAAUUUUUCUGAAGUAACAUCUACUGUAAGAGAAGCAAAUGCAUACCCACAGACUGUACACAAAGAUACUUGUAUUCAGAAACUUGUGACUAACUCUUCACUAUGCACAAAUGAAAAUACAGCCUUUAAAUUGUCUGUAUCUAAUUCAGAUAAUUUUGAAGUAGAAACACCUGCAUUCAGCACAGCCAGUGGUAAAAUAGUACAUGUUUCACGGGAAACAAUUAAAAAAGUAAAAGAAAUAUUUACAGACAACUGCAGUAAGGUAAUUCAGAUGGACACUAAAAGUAAAUCUAGCACUUGCCAAACAAGAAUUGUGUCAGAUUAUUACAAGACAUUAGAUGAUUCAGAGGAUAGUCUUCCUAACUCUACUGAUGAAGAAAGUUCUAUGCAUUCGCAUAAGAUUUUUGCUGACAUUCAAAACGUGCAUAUAUUACGUGAUCAAAGUAUGCUUGGAUUGGACAAAGUUUCUACACUAUCACCAUGUGAUGUUAGUUUGAAAACUUCAAGUUUAUGUAAUACAGGAAAGUUUCCUGAGUUAGUCUCUUCUACAAAUCCUGAGAUUUUUAGCACAGCAAGUGGAAAAUCCAUACAGGUAUCAGAGUCUUCAUUACAACAGGCAAGACAGGUGUUUUCUGAGAUAGAAGAGCAUGCCAAGCAACACUUUUCAAAAGUAUCCUUUAAAAAUAAUGAAGAGUAUUCAGACCAGUUCACAAGAGAAGAAAAAGUAAUUCAUGUCCCACAAAAGUUAAUAUCCCAAAAAGGCUUUUCAUGCAAUGUGGUAAAUUCACCUGCUUUCUCUGGAUUUAGUACAGCAAGUGGAAAACAGGUUUCAGUUUCAGAAAGUGCCUUACACAAAGUUAAGGGAAUGUUAGAGGAGUUUGAUUUAAUCAAAACUGACUGUACUCUUCAGCAUCCACCUACAUCCAGACCAGGUAUAUCAAAAUUCCCUUCUCUUCCUUGUGUUGAUAAGAGAACUGCAGAAUAUUCUAUGAACUCUGAAAUGAAAAAAGCCUACAGUACAGAAUUUAAAUUAUUAAAUAACUUUAAUAUUGAAAGUAACACUUCAGAGAAUAACCACUCUAUUAAAGUUCCUCCAUAUAUGUCACAGUUUAAGCAAGACAAACAACAGUUGGUCUUAGGAACCAAAGUAUCACUUGUGGAGAACAUUCACAUCUUGGGAAAAGAACAAGCUUUACCUAAAAACAUAAAAAUGGGAAUAGGUAAAACUGAAACUUUUCCUGAUGUUCCUAUGAAAACAAAUAUAGAAGUUUCUUCUACUUAUUACAAAGAUUCAGAAAACUACUUUGAAACAGAAGCAGUGGAAAUUGCCAAAGCUUUUAUGGAAGAUGGUGAACUGACAGAUUCUGAACCAUUAAGUCAUGCUGAACACACUCGUUUUACGUGCCAAGAAAAUGAGGAAACAGUUUGGUUAAAUUCACGAAUUGGAAAAAGAAGAGGAGAUAACCAUGUCUCAUUUGGAGAACCUUCAAUCAAAAGAAACUUGUUAAAUGAAUUUGACAGGAUAUUAGAAAAUCAAGAAAAAUCGUUAAAGGUUUCAAAAAGUACUCCAGAUGGUACAAUGAAAGAUAGAAGAUUGUUUAUGCAGCACGUUUAUUUAGAGCCAAUUACCUGUGGACCCUUUUGCACAACUAAAAAACGUCAAGGAAUACAGAAUCCAAAUUUUACUGCACCUGGUCAAGAAUUUCUGUCUAAAUCUCAUUUUUAUGAACACCUGACUUCAGAAAACUCAUCAAGCAAUUUAUCAGUUUUGGGGCAGCCAUUUUAUAAAGUUCCUGCUACAAGAAGUAAAGAAAUGAGACACUCAAUUUCUACGGGCAAAUCAACCAAAAUCUUUGUCCCACCUUUUAAAACUAAAUCACAUUUUCACAGAGAUAAACAGUGUGCUAGCAAUACUGUUGUGGAAGAAAAUAAACAAAAACAAAACACAGAUGAACAUGACUCUGGUGAUAGUGAAAAUAAUAACAGUGAGAUUCACCAACUUAAUAAAAACAACUCUAAUCAGGCAUGUGAAGAAGAACCUUUAGAUUUAAUUACAAGUCUUCAGAAUGCGAGAGAUACACAAGAUAUGCGAAUUAAAAAGAAACAAAGGCAUCAUAUCUCCCCACAGCCAGGCAGUCUGUAUCUUGCAAAAACAUCCUCUCUGCCGAGAAUCUCUCUGAAAGCAGCAGUAGGAGGUCGAGUUCCUUCUGCAUGUUCUCAUAAACAGCUGUAUAUGUAUGGCGUUUCUAAACAUUGCAUAAAAAUUAACAGCAAAAAUGCAGAGUCUUUUCAGUUUCAUAUUCAGGAUUAUUUUGGUAAGGAGUAUUUAUGGGCUGGAAAGGGAAUACAGUUGGCCGAUGGUGGAUGGCUGAUACCCUCCAAUGAUGGAAAGGCUGGGAAAGAAGAAUUUUAUAGGGCUCUGUGUGAUACCCCAGGUGUGGAUCCAAAGCUUAUUUCUAGAGUUUGGGUCUAUAAUCACUAUAGAUGGAUUAUAUGGAAGCUGGCAGCUAUGGAAUUUGCUUUUCCUAAGGAAUUUGCUAAUAGAUGCCUAAGCCCAGAAAGAGUGCUUCUUCAACUAAAAUACAGAUAUGAUUUAGAAAUUGACAGAAGCAGAAGAUCAGCUUUAAAAAAGAUAAUGGAAAAGGAUGACACAGCUGCAAAAACACUUGUUCUAUGUGUUUCUGACAUAAUUUCAUUGAGUGCAAAUAUAUGUGAAACUUCUAACAGUAAAACUAAUAGUGAGGAUACCAAAAAAGUGUCCGUUAUUGAACUUACAGAUGGGUGGUAUGCUGUCAAGGCCCUACUAGACCCUCCCCUGUUAGCUCUUUUAAAGAACGGCAGACUGAGUGUGGGUCAGAAGAUUAUUAUUCAUGGAGCAGAACUGCUGGGCUCUCCUGAAGCUUGUACACCUCUUGAAGCCCCACAGUCUCUUAUGUUAAAGAUUUCUGCUAAUAGUACUCGGCCUGCCCGCUGGUAUACCAAACUUGGAUUCUUUCCUGACCCUAGACCUUUUCCUCUGCGCUUGUCAUCACUUUUCAGUGAUGGAGGAAAUGUAGGUUGUGCUGAUAUAAUUAUUCAAAGAACGUAUCCUAUACAGUGGAUGGAGAAGACAUCAUCUGGAUUAUACAUAUUUCGCAAUGAAAGAGAAGAAGAAAAGGAAGCAGCAAAAUAUGCAGAGGCCCAACAAAAGAGACUGGAAGCCUUAUUCACUAAAAUUCAAGCAGAAUUUGAAGAGCGUGAAGACCUCUGCAGGUGUUAUUUCAGUGAAGAGCAGUUAAGAGCCUUGAAUAAUCACAGGCAAAUGUUAAAUGAUAAGAAACAAGCACAGAUCCAGUUGGAAUUCAGGAAGGCUAUGGAAUCUGCUGAACAAGGUGAACAAGGUUUAUCAAGGGAUGUUACAACUGUGUGGAAGUUGCGUAUCAUAAGCUGUGCAAAAGAAGAAACAGAUUCAGUUACAUUGAGUAUCUGGUGUCCAUCAACAGAAUUAUAUUCCCUGUUAACAGAGGGAAAGAGAUACAGAAUCUAUCAUCUUGCAGCAUCAAAAUCUAAAAUUAAAUCUGAAAAAGCUAACAUCCAGUUAGCAGCAACAAAAAAAACUCAGUAUCAGGAACUACCGGCUUCAGAUGAAAUCUUAUUCCAAGUUUACCAGCCAAGGGAGCCCCUUCACUUCAACAGAUUAUUAGAUCCAGACUUUCAGCCACCUUGUUGUGAGGUGGACCUAAUAGGAGUUGUAGUUUCUGUUGUGAAAAAAACAGGGCUUGCUCCUUUGGUCUAUUUGUCAGAUGAAUGUCAUAAUUUAUUGGCAAUAAAAUUUUGGAUAGAUCUCAAUGAAGACAUUAUUAAACUUCAUGCAUUAAUUGCUGCAAGUAACCUCCUGUGGCGACCAGAAUCCAAAUCAGGAAUUCCUACUUUAUUUGCUGGAGACUUUUCCAUGUUUUCUGCCAGUCCAAAAGAGAGCCACUUUCAAGAGACAUUCAACAAAAUGAGAAACACUAUUGAGAAUAUUGAUAUAUUUUGCAAAGAUGCAGAAAACAAGCUUAUCCAUAUGCUUAAUGCAAGUGAUCCCAAGUGGUGCACCCCAACUAAAGACUCUACUUCAGAGCUGCACACUGCUCAAACAGUCCUUGGUACAGGAAAUAAGUUUCUGAUUUCUUCUCCUAAUAGUGAGAUAAAUUAUCAAAGCCCUUCAUCACUUUGUACACCAAAAGUGAAGCUUGUUUCCACACCUAUAUCAGCCCAAAUGACUUCUAAGUCUUGUUGUAAAGGGGAGAAAGCGAUUGAUGACCCAAAAAGCUGCAAAAAGAGAAGAGCCUUGGAUUUCUUGAGUAGACUGCCUUUACCUCCACCUGUUAGUCCCAUUUGUACAUUUGUUUCUCCAGCUGCACAGAAGGCAUUUCAGCCACCACGGAGUAUUGUUACCAAAUAUGAAACACCUAUAAAGAAAAAAGAGUUGAAUUCUCCUCAAAUGCCUUCACCUAAAAAAUUCAUUGAAAUUUCUCCUUUGGAAAGUAAUUUAAUAGCUGAUGAAGAACUUGCAUUGAUAAAUACCCAAGCCCUUUUGUCUAGUUCAGCAGGAGAAGAUCAGUGUGUAUCUAUCAGUGAACCCCCUGGAACUACUACCACCAAUUCAAAAGAUUAUCUGAGACUGAAAAGGCACUGUACUACCUCUCUGAACAAAGAACCAAAGAAUCCCCAAGUCAGUACAGAAGACUGUGCGACUAAUAUGCAAGACACAAGUAUAAUAAAAGAUAUAUCAAAAAGAUUGCAAAAGCAACAAAAACAAAAAUGA